AAGUCAUGGAUGAUUGUUCUACUAACUGCAAUGGAAAUGGAGAAUGCAUUUCUGGCCAUUGCCACUGUUUCCCAGGAUUCCUCGGUCCUGAUUGCGCACGAGAUUCCUGUCCAGUUUUAUGCAGUGGAAACGGGGAAUACGAGCAGGGCCACUGUGUUUGUCGCAAUGGAUGGAAAGGAGCAGAAUGUGAUGUCCCAGAGGAACAGUGCAUCGACCCCACCUGCUUUGGUCAUGGCACAUGUAUCAUGGGAAUCUGCAUUUGCGUCCCGGGUUAUAAAGGAGAGAUCUGCGAAGAAGAGGACUGCUUAGACCCAAUGUGUUCUGGUCACGGAGUCUGUGUCCAAGGAGAAUGCCACUGUUCCAUGGGCUGGGGUGGAGUCAACUGUGAAACAUCACUUCCCAUCUGUCAAGAACAAUGUUCCGGCCAUGGCACUUUUGUCCUAGAAACAGGACUGUGCAGUUGUGACCCAAAGUGGACAGGCUCUGAUUGCUCAUCCGAGCUCUGCACACUGGAUUGUGGUGCCCACGGUGUUUGUGCGAAAGGAGCAUGCCAGUGUGAAGAAGGUUGGAUUGGGCCCACUUGUGAAGAACGGACGUGCAACUCUCACUGCACGGAGCAUGGAAAGUGCAAAGAUGGAAAAUGUGAAUGCAGUCCUGGAUGGGAAGGCGACCAUUGUACCAUAGAUGGAUGCCCAGGCCUGUGUUAUGGAAAUGGAAGGUGCACCCUUGACCAAAAUGGAUGGCACUGUGUCUGCCAAGUGGGCUGGAGCGGAAUGGGCUGCAAUAUUGUUAUGGAAAUGCUUUGUGAAGAUAACGUCGAUAAUGAUGGAGAUGGUUUGACAGACUGCGUCGAUCCUGAUUGCUGUCAGCAGAGUAAUUGCUUCUCCAGCCCUCUCUGCCAAGGCUCCCCUGACCCGCUGGACCUCAUUCAGCAAAGUCAACCUCCUUUCUUGCAGCACUCACCAAGGCUCUUUUAUGAUAGAAUCAAGUUCCUGAUUGGCAAGGAGAGCACUCAUGUCAUUCAAGGCGAUGUCUUAUUUGAAAGCAGACGUGCUUGUGUUAUCCGUGGACAAGUGGUAGCAGUUGAUGGGACCCCUCUUGUUGGGGUCAAUGUGAGCUUCCAGCAUCACAGUGAUUAUGGCUACACCAUCAGCCGACAGGAUGGAAG